AUGGAUUUCAUCAAGAAGGCUGUGAGCGGUGGUAGCUCCGAUGCUUCCAAGACCGGCGGCAGCACCUCCACCACCAACAACAACCAGGACUACGGUGACAAGGCUGCCUCUUUCCUCAACGACAAGGCCGGCUUCAACAUCUCCAAGGACAACCAGGAGAAGGCCACUGACUUUGCCCGCAGCCAGUACGAGAAGUCAUCCGGAUCCAAGAUUGACCCCAAGUACUCCAACUAA